GCUGCCUGAGACCCCUGAGCUGCCACCCCAGGAGAGCGUAGCCACAGUAACCCUGCUUAACCCCAGGUUGCCACCCCAAGGAGUACAUCCCACAUCGAGGUCAUGAAGAAGCGACUUCACUCCUGGUAGAGGGAAGCAACUGUGCCCAGCCCAGCAGAGAACUCUGGAGACUACUGGGGACGUGGAACAGCCAGGGCCAGAGCAGGAGGCGCAGGGAAACUCAAGUGGAGAUGGGGGAGAUGGGAGAAGGGAGUACACAUGGCUCCUCCCUGCCGGACCUCCAACACCCCCCUCAACCUUCGACUCCUCUCGGAUAAGGUCUUGUCUAGCAUCAUCUAGAAAUUUGAUGCCCUCCGCUCGGCUGCACAGGCAGGUCCUCUGCUGCCCUCAGAAAUCCUUGCUCUGAGAGAACGCCCCGCCACUUCCUCACCUUCUGGGGUAAAGUCUCAUCGGAAGCAGAGAGGAGGGCUCCUAAGAGGCUGGUGACAUCGGAAUCCAGCAGCGGCUGAGCCCGCACUCAACAUGCAGGUAUCUUUCGUGUGUUCAGAGCACAGCCUCAAGAGCCGUGGCCCCGAAGAUCGGCUGGGUCGCUCGGCAGCCAGCAGCCCCAGCCCGGGCACCCGUGGACGCUUCCGUGCUGUGGCUAUGGUGGCCCGGAGCCUGGGACAGCUGUCGGGGCAGAGUGCCUCAAACAGCAAGGACACCAGCUUGAAGCAGCCAGGGAUGAGAUAUAGAAAUCUGGGCAAAUCUGGCCUUCGGGUCUCCUGCCUGGGGCUUGGAACAUGGGUGACCUUCGGGGGCCAGAUCACGGAUGAGAUGGCAGAGCACCUAAUGACCCUGGCUUACGAUAACGGCAUCAACCUGUUCGAUACGGCGGAGGUGUACGCUGCUGGGAAGGCUGAAGUGGUAUUAGGAAACAUCAUUAAGAAGAAGGGAUGGAGACGGUCCAGCCUUGUCAUCACCACCAAGAUCUUCUGGGGUGGAAAAGCAGAGACCGAGAGAGGCCUCUCCCGGAAGCACAUAAUCGAAGGACUGAAAGCUUCCCUGGAGCGGAUGCAGCUGGAGUAUGUGGACGUGGUUUUUGCCAACCGCCCAGACCCCAACACGCCCAUGGAAGCAGGGGACCCAUUUAGUUCCUUCAAGUCACGGACAUUCAUCAUUGAAGAGACCGUGCGGGCUAUGACCCAUGUCAUCAACCAGGGAAUGGCCAUGUACUGGGGCACAUCACGGUGGAGUUCCAUGGAGAUCAUGGAGGCCUACUCAGUGGCUCGGCAAUUCAACCUGAUCCCGCCCAUCUGCGAGCAAGCCGAAUAUCACAUGUUCCAGAGGGAGAAGGUGGAGGUCCAGCUGCCAGAGCUGUUCCACAAGAUAGGAGUAGGUGCCAUGACCUGGUCCCCUCUGGCCUGCGGCAUCGUCUCAGGAAAGUAUGACAGUGGGAUCCCACCUUACUCCAGAGCCUCCCUGAAGGGCUACCAGUGGUUGAAGGACAAGAUCCUGAGUGAGGAAGGUCGCCGCCAGCAGGCCAAGCUGAAGGAACUGCAAGCCAUUGCCGAGCGCCUAGGCUGCACCCUACCCCAGCUGGCCAUAGCCUGGUGCCUGAGGAACGAGGGUGUCAGCUCUGUGCUUCUGGGUGCUUCCAAUGCAGAGCAACUCAUGGAGAACAUCGGAGCAAUACAGGUCCUUCCAAAAUUGUCGUCUUCCAUCGUCCACGAGAUGGACAGCAUUCUGGGCAAUAAACCCUACAGCAAAAAGGACUAUAGAUCCUAAGUUACCCCAGCCCACCCCCGCUCGGACACUUCCCCGUUCCCUCCUCGUCUCUGUUCGCUCGCUUCUGCUGUUUCAAAGCCAAAUGCCGAGUGUGGUUCACAUCCAAGAGGGGAAACACUAUGCCCAGAUGUUCUAGGAAACUGAUCUCCAAAGUCACCGCCAGAUGCCGCCUGCCGCUUCCUCACUGGAUACUAUCCGACGGAUGCCAGGAGAUGGCAUCAAUUGGGGGACAUCCAGAGGCUCCCACCCAAGCCCACCACCUCUGCUUAUCCUUCAAGAAGAAACGCUUGCCCCCAGCCGUGGACCUUCAUGGGGAUUCUAGAAGCCAUGGCCCGGUGGAGGUCUAGUCCUCAGAGCAGGAAGGGCUAGCCUUUCUGCCAAGAAACCUCUAUCUCAGAAGAGGGGUGUGCACCCUUCUCCCAGAGUCCUAAUGGUGAGAGCAGGGUCUCCCUCUCUCCAUGGACACAAGGCACUUUGUCCAAGGCUGGCCUGGGAUCCCACUCUUCCCAGGCCUUGACCUGCCCCACAUGUGCACCGGGCCUUGGCUGGGAUUCUACCCAGCUGGCCCUUGGCCCCCACCCUUACCCUUGCUGGCAGGGGCAGGGACCCCAGCUGGCUUUCCCAGCGUCUUCCGCCCGGCAUACAACUGCGGAGCCCCACAUGGAGCCCAUUGGAGAAUGCCUCUCAAGACAGACACUCGUGGACAGGUGUGGCAGCUGGCCCCACCGCAGGCAGGUGGCAGCAGGCUGGGCCCAAGCUCUCAGAGACCUUCCUCCAGUACCUCUGCUGUACCAGAGCAGUGGGGUCAUGACGUGGGCUCUUGCACAGAUGAAGCACUUAGAGCCCCCUGGGGUUUCCAUCGAUGCAAGCUAAGGGACUAAGGAAGCAAGUCUGGUAAUAAUAGUCUCCGUGUUGUAAGAAUAGAUCCCCCAGGGCCUCUCCCUGGGAAAAAAAUGGCUAGGACCACCCAUUCCCUUCUGCGCACCCUCAUGCUGGCCCAGGGCAGGAUGGGAAGAGGGAGAGUGGGAAGGACGGGCAGCCCCUUAUCAGUGGGAGCCACGUGGAUGUUGGUGCCGGGAAGCCUGCAGGUUUGGGCAGCACAUGCUGCCUUGACGCCCAAUCCCAUGGUCAUGUGAUGCUCUAGGGGACAGGAUCCUACCCAGCUGUCUCCCUAGGAGACCAGCCUCCUGCCCUGGACAGGCUAUGGCCAGCUUCCAGGCACAAGCCCUGGAUGCAUAGCACCCUGGCUUCGCCUUCUGUAGCUGCUGUUCCAAGUCUCCUGCCUGCUAUUCUUAAGGCUGGGCAGAGGUGAGAACUGGAUUAGUGGGUAGGGUUAUGGGGAGUAGACAGGAAGAAAGGCAGACAGGGUGGGUAGCUUCUUCUCACACAUACAACCCCCCUGAAAAACCUGGGCUCUCAAACCUUCGCCGCUCAUAUCGCUGACCCCUGAGACCUCAGAAGCAGCCCUGUGGGUGUGGGGAUAGAGGGCACUGGACUCUGGUACUUCCAUGCCUGCUAGAGGAGCCAGCCUCCUGGACAGGGCCCUGCAGUGGCCCAGCAGGAAGUACCAGACCUGUUCACACAGCUGGCCUUGGCCCUUCUUGCUAGGUGGGCCAGGCAUGCAGGGAUGCCCACAGUAGGAGCCACUGCCUGCCUGUGAACCACACCUCAGCGCUUAGCUCCAGCUGGGUAUGUGCAAGAGACAGGAAAACAGGCUGCAGGGCUAAGGCCCACAGGAGCCCUAGAUGCAGAAGACAUUUUAACCAAGUGUUUCUGAGAUGUUUUCUUCCAUACCCACUCUUGAAGAGUUGGGGAUUGGCUUCUUAAGUUUCUGUGGCGGGCUGUGGAGGAGGAGGGGCUUGGGAGGCCACAGAAGUCAACUGAGUGCAGACAGCCCAUCAUGGGGAGCUUGCCCCUGACCCUCGAAGAGUCUAAGACCAUCUUCCUCCAUGGCCUCUCCUUCCUUUAGCCCAGCUGCCUGCUGGCCAGUCCAAGCCAGCCUCUCUUCACCUUGAAGCAGUCUGCCAGGCCUGGUGCAGGAGAGCUAUGUAGAGGAGCAGAGCUGGUGCCCAGCUCCUGCUCAUCCCAGACCCAAGGUCCUGAGGCACAGCGGGGCACCUGUGUGCCUGCUCUUGUGUACAUACUGUGCUUUCUCUCGCCAUCUUAGUGGGCGUGGCUCCUCGCUAACUGCACCCCACCAGGCCAACCGCAAACGCCUCUAGCUUCCCGACAGACUCAGACUAAGGUGCGGCCCGUAUUUAUGGAAUGGCAAAUAAAACCCGAGCCCUCUGGUC